AUGGCAAAUGAUUCUGAUUCCUCUGCUUUGGAUGAGGAUGAAAUAGAAGACACAGAUGCAGAUUAUGAGUUGUCAUCUGAUAAGAUUGAACAAAAUGAUGUCUUGCUGAAGGUGGGGACAAUGCACGGUAAAAGUUCGAUAACGGGAAAUGUUACAAGUACAGACAAUACUUCUUCACAAGAAAAAUCUAUAGAAACUGGAAGCAAACACCUGAAGCAGGUUGAGAAAACUGAAAGCUUGGAAGCAAUCAGCAGUGAAACAUAUGGAGGACUUCAAAAUAAUGCUGGCGCUAGGCCAAGUGUAUUCUUGGGUAUUUCUAGAAAGAACGGCGAAAAUACAGAUACAAAUUUGAGAACCUCUGAGUCAUUCUUCCCUGCCAAAGUAGUUUCAUUGGACCAUAUGGAGGCACAAACCGAGAAUGCUGAAUUAUUACAGACCAUUGCAGUCACCUCGAAAAAGAAUUCUACAAGGGCUAGUAUAUCCACAUUGAAGAGGAGGAAGCAAUCAAUGUCAAUAUCCCAAAUGAAUGCACUAUUGCUUCAGAGUCUUGUUGCUUCCCAUUCUAUGAAGCCAAGGCGGUUGUCUGUUCGUGAUCGUGAACUUUUAUCAGCAAAAUUGGGGAUAGAGAAUGCUCCUCGCACAGAGAACCCUCCAGGACUUUAUGCCUCUGCCUUUCGAAAUGUUUCCAUGUUCAAAAGGAGUUAUGAGUUGAUGGAACGCAUGCUCAAAGUUUAUAUCUAUAAGGAAGGAGAAAAACCAAUAUUUCAUCAGUCAAAGAUGAGGGGAAUAUAUGCCUCAGAAGGAUGGUUUAUGAAGCUGAUAGAGGGAAACAAAAAGUUCGUAGUGCGGGAUCCAAGAAAAGCUCAUCUAUUUUACUUAUCAUUUAGUCCACAUAUGUUAAGGAUGACAUUAUUUGACCAAUAUUCUCACAAUCAAAAGGAACUUGAAGAAUAUUUGAAGAACUAUGUGGAUUUACUUGCAAAAAAGUAUAGUUUCUGGAACAGAACAGGAGGAGCAGAUCAUUUUCUUGUUGGCUGUCAUGACUGGGCCUCCCGACUCACAAGGCAUCAUAUGAGGAAUUGCAUCAGGGUUCUUUGCAACUCCAAUGUUGCCAAAGGUUUCAAAAUAGGCAAGGAUACUACACUGCCUGUUACAUACAUACGUUCUGUUGAGACCCCUCUAAAAGAAAUCGGAGGGAAACCUCCUUCAGAAAGGCUGAUUCUGGCCUUUUUCGCAGGAAGCAUGCAUGGUUAUCUCAGGCCAAUCCUGCUGGAGUACUGGGAAAAUAAGGCACCUGACAUGAAAAUCCUUGGUCCGAUGCCUCGUGAUAUUGAAGGCAAAAGAAGAUACAGGGAGUAUAUGAAGAGCAGCAAAUAUUGCAUAUGUGCCAGGGGUUAUGAAGUUCACACACCUCGAGUGGUUGAGGCCAUUUUCUAUGACUGUGUGCCAGUCAUCAUAUCAGAUAAUUAUGUGCCUCCUUUUUUCGAGGUGUUGAACUGGGAGGCGUUUUCUGUAUUUAUUCAAGAGAGAGAUAUCCCAAAUUUGAGAAACAUUCUGCUGGCAAUCUCAGAAGAGAAGUAUGCCGCAAUGCAGUUAGGAGUUAAGAAAGUAAAACAGCAUUUCCUUUGGCACAAAAAACCAGUGAAGUAUGAUUUAUUCCAUAUGAUUCUUCACUCAGUUUGGUACAACAGAGUUUUUCAGAUGAACAGCAAAUGA